AUAAUGUAAACUGUUGUUUGAUGUUUCCUUAGUUUACUAGUUUAGUAGUUCAGUACUACAGCCAUUUUUUCAGUUCAAUCAUUCCUUUACUUAUUUUUAGUCGUACACGGUCGGUAUCUUAUGUUUAAUGAUACAUGAAUAUUCUAUAUUAUUAUUAAAUAAUUUCACUCAUUUUAUGAUAAAGUCUUAAUAUUUUUUUCUCGUAACCUAUUGUGGUUAUACCUAACUAUUGUUUGUAUAACUAAUGUUUGCGCAAUCGUUUUUUUUUUUCAUCUGAUUAAACUCGAUACUUUUUUGUAAGACGUUCUCUUUUGUUGCAGACCACCAAUAAAAAGGUUCACGCGUGUAAAUUACAUUCGACGUCAUCGUCGGCUGUACCCUACCGUGUUGUCUGUGGUAUCUUAGUUGGAAACAUGUUAAGUGAAGAACCAGAGAUUUCGUUGAUUAUCGUAAAGGCACGUCUGGGUCCGGGGACUUUAUACACUGAAAGAGUGUCCGUAGAUUUGCAGUCGCAUGUAAGCGUAUUGAAAGACAAAAUGCGUAAAAAAGAUCUAAGCCUAGGCACAGAUAAUUUUAUAAUGACUUAUUCCGGGAAUGUCAUGGAAGACUCUGUUCCUAUUUAUAUGUAUGAUAUUUUUAGUGGAGCUACAGUGCAUUUGUUCAAAAAAUUGAAAAUUGAAAAAAAUAAACAAGUAUAUCGUGUUAGUACCAAAAAUCCAGAAUUGGUGAGACUGGGUGUAGCUUUACGUUCACUCUCAUUAAAUUUAUCAUACAAAUGUGCAUUUAUGAAAGUUAAUAAGGCUAAAAUAAUAAAUGAUCUAAUCUACAAUACUCCUAAACUGACUGAAGAUCCUGUAGGAAUUACUCUUUUACAACAUUCUGAGUUAUUACUCAAACUUAAUGAUCUUAGCUUGGUGAAACGAAUUGUUGAUAAUCAUCCUGGUUUGGCAGCAGUUGCAUUUCAAGUUUCUACAAUUGCUUAUAAUCAAGAUGUGCAGAACCACUUGAACAGAACCAGAACUAUGUCUAAUGGCAGUACUGCAGGCAGCACUGCUCCCAGUGAUGAAGAAAUGGACGAUUUAGAUGAUUCGUCUCCGGGAUCAGACACUAACAGUCAACCGGUGAAUAGAAACUUACCUUUUGCCAUUACUGCCGCUCAGUUAGCAACAGCUAUAGCAAAUGUAACAACUCAGCAACCACAGCCAAGUACUAGUGGUGCUGGUGCAAGUACAUCAACUGGAAAUACAGGAAAUGCGCUGGUAAUUCCUAAUAAUAUACAAAGUCAACCGACUCCACCUGCAGAUGAUUAUUCCCAUCAACUAGGAAUAAUGAGAGAAAUGGGUCUGUACAAUGAACAUUUAAACCUUGAAGGAUUACGACUAGGGGGCGGUAACUUGGAAACUGCCAUUGAAUUAGUCUUAAGUGGUUUUGAUAUGUCACAUUUAAAUAAUGCAUCAUAAUCCCUAUUUUAAUAUUACAACAAUUUAAAAAAAUAAUCAAUGAUUCUAUUAACAUUUAGUUAUUAUUCUUGUAUUUUAUUCUUGAUUAAAAUUUGUCAUUAUAAAUUUAAAGAUAAAUAAAAUAUUAUUAAAAUAAAAAUGUAUUAUUUAUUAAAUUUAAGUAUAAAUAUCAACUUCAUAAUGAUUUAAUUUAUUAUGUAUAAUUUAAACAAUUUAAAUUUUUAAAUAUUAAUUUUCGUUCAACUUAUGACAUGUUUCCAGCUAAGAUAACAUUAAUGCGUUUUAUGUGUGGUACCACAAACUUUCAAUACUAUUAGAAUAUUUACUUUGUUAUCUAUUUAUUUAUACUAUAUAUUAAUAAUUAAUAUCCACUUAUUUUGGGAUGUGUAGAAAAUAAUACGAGUAACAAAAUAUAUAUAUAUAUAUAUAUAAAUAAUGUAUUUGUUUGCAGAAAAAAAAACCUAAUUUAUGUAAUUUUUAACAUUCUAGUAUGAUUUAUAUUUUUAUCAACUCUUGCAUUACUUGCAUGGCUAUAUUAUCGUAUUAAUGAAUAUGUUUAUUUGUAUGUUUUUCAAAAAAAAAGCUGUGCAAGUGGAUAUUGCUAUAUUGUAGGGGUAGUGAACCUAUGGCACGCGUGCCAGUUGUCAAAUUUCAAUGGCACGCAAAAAAUUAAAAUAAUAAAAAAUGAUGCUAUUUAUAAAUUAUGUUUAAAAAUUAUAAUAUUCGUAUUUUUAUCCUUGGAAAAUAUAACUUACUUUGGGCACGUGAAAAUUUUUUAAAACCGUAAUUGGAAAAAUUUGACACAUGAUCCAAAAAAGGUUUGCCACCCCUGCUAUAUUGAGUGGAUUAUUGUAUAAGUAUGAAUUAAGUUAGAAUUCAAUGAUGUAUCAUUGUUUAUAAAAACAUUUCUAACUGGACAUGUAAAUCAGACUAUAAUCACAUAUUAUAAUAAUAUAUUUUAUGAUAUGUUUUUGAAUA